GCUUGAGUGGCGUUUUAGGGAGCGGGGCGGCGGCGAUUGCAGGCUUCCUACCUCGGUUGGCGGUUGGGAGAGGGUCCUUCUCCGCUACCACCGUUCCCAGCUCAGCUGAGGGCGCUGAGGGAGAGCCCGGCUGACGCGUUGGACUGCUGAAUAUAUCAGUCUUUCAUCAAAGAAGAAAUCUAUAAUGUCUCACGCACGCAAGCCCCCUCUUGUGACGGGCAUUUCUCCCAAUGAAGGCAUCUCAUGGACAAAGGUCACAAUUCGAGGAGAGAACUUGGGAACGGGCCCAACAGAUCUAAUAGGCUUGACAAUCUGUGGACACAACUGUCUUCUGACUGCUGAAUGGAUGUCUGCCAGCAAAAUUGUGUGUCGAGUAGGUCAAGCUAAGAAUGACAAAGGGGACAUUAUCGUCACUACAAAGUCAGGGGGCAAAGGAACUUCCACGGUUUCUUUUAAACUCCUGAAACCUGAUAAAAUAGGUAUCUUGGAUCAGUCUGCAGUCUGGGUUGAUGAAAUUAACUAUUAUGACAUGCGCACUGACAGGAACAAAGGGAUGCCCCCUUUGUCUCUGCGCCCUGCUAAUCCUCUUGGUAUUGAGAUAGACAAAGGAAAGUUUCCACAAAAGGAGCUGGAAACUCUGUUUCCUGGGAUGAGUGCUGACUUCACCAGUGAAAACUUUUCUGCGGCCUGGUAUUUGAUAGAGAACCAUUCAACAACAAGUUUUGAUCAACUUAAAAUGGCAGUAAUGAAUUUGAAGAAACAAGCCAACAAGAAAAACGAGGGAAGUCUACAGUAUGUCAAAGGAGGUCUCAGUACUUUCUUUGAAGCACAAGAUGCCUUAUCAGCAAUCCAUCAAAAACUGGAAGCGGAUGGAACAGAAAAAGUGGAAGGAUCCAUGACGCAAAAACUAGAGAAUGUUCUGAACAGAGCAAGUAACACUGCAGAUACCUUAUUCCAGGAAGUUUUGGGUCGCAAAGACAAGGCGGAUUCAACAAGAAAUGCACUCAAUGUCCUCCAACGCUUCAAAUUUCUUUUUAAUCUUCCAUUGAAUAUUGAAAGAAACAUUCAAAAGGGUGAUUAUGAUGUAGUCAUUAAUGACUAUGAAAAAGCGAAGUCAUUGUUUGGGAAGACUGAGGUUCAAGUGUUCAAAAAAUAUUAUGCUGAAGUUGAAACACGAGUUGAUGCAUUAAGGAAACUACUUUUGGAUAAAUUGCUUGAGACUCCAUCAACAUUACAUGAUCAGAAACGCUAUAUAAGGUAUCUUUCUGAUCUCCAUGCAGAAGGGGACCCAGCUUGGCAAUGUAUUGCUGCCCAACAUAAGUGGAUUCUGCAGCUUAUGCACAACUGUAAAGAGAGCUAUAUUAAAGAACAAAAAGGCAACCCAUUACUGCACAGUCCAAUGUUGGAUCUGGACAGUGAAGUACGCUCCUCCUCACUUGGCCAUCUCAGUCGGAGUGCUUCACUGAAAAGAGGCAGCAGCAAUCAGUCCAGUCGUGAUGAAACUUGGCGAUUUAAAGCUCCUCAGCAGGUGGCGUUUGUCGAAAAGCUAACAAAGCUUGUCGUAAGCCAGCUCCCCAACUUCUGGAAACUCUGGAUUUCUUAUGUGAAUGGGAGCCUCUUUAGUGAGACUGCCGAAAAAUCAGGCCAAAUGGAAAGAUCGAAGAAGAACGCUAGACAAAGACAGAAUGAUUUCAAGAUGAUGAUUCAGCAAGUGAUGAAGUCCCUGGUCAAACUGAUCCGGGGUGCUUUGCUUCCAUUCAGCCUGGGAGAAAGUGAACUGAGAGAAUAUGGUGGCUGGGAGAUGAAAUCUGAACUUUCUGGCCAAUGGUUACCUCAUGUCAUCCAGACAGUUAGGCUUAGUUAUGAAUCUCUUGCUGCACUUGAAAUACCAAAUGAUAUGCUUCAGAUCAUCCAGGAUCUUAUUUUGGAUCUCAGAGUUCGCUGUAUAAUGAUCACAUUACAGCAUACAGCUGAAGAUGUAAAGAGAUUAGCUGAAAAAGAAGACUGGGUGGUGGACAAUGAAGGCCUAACCAGUUUGCCAUCCCAGUUUGAGCAGUGUGUUGUGCAUUCUGUGCAGUCGCUUAAAGGUGUCCUGGACUGCAAACCUGGAGAGACCAGCGUUUUUCAGCAUCCAAAAAUACAGGAAGAGGUGUGCCGACUGAGCAUUGAUAUUAUGCAGGUAUUCAUUGACUGCCUGGAACAGCUAAGUACCAAGCCUGAUAGUGAUGUAGAUACUACACAUCUUUCAGCUGAUGUUUCAUCUUCAGAUUUAUUUGGAAGUAUCCAUGAAGACUCCAGUUUGUCUUUGGAGCGGAGACUUCUAAUUGUGCUUAGCAACUGCUGCUAUCUAGAACGUCACACUUUCCUAAACCUAGCUGAACACUUUGAGAAACAUGGCUUCCAAGGAGCUGAAAAAAUCACUCAAGUUAGCAUGGACUCUCUAAAAGAACUUGAUCAACGAUUGUUUGAAAUGUACAUUGAACUAAAGGCUGAUCCGAUAGUAGGCUCGUUGGAACCUGGCAUUUAUGCAGGUUAUUUUGAUUGGAAAGACUGUCUUCCUCCAACAGGUGUCAGGAACUAUCUGAAGGAAGCCUUAGUUCACAUCAUUGCUGUGCAUGCAGAGGUAUUUGCCAUUUCUAAAGAGCUCGUCCCCCGAGUGCUGUCGAGGAUUGUCGAAGCAGUCGCCGAAGAACUCAGCAGGCUAAUGCAGUGUGUUUCAUCCUUCAGCAGAAAUGGUGCUUUGCAGGCCCGGCUUGAAAUCUGUGCACUGAGAGAUGCAGUGGCUGUGUUCCUUACAUCUGAAAGCAACUCAAGCUUUAAGCAAGCUUUGGAAGCCUUGCCCCAGCUGUCAAGUGGUGGAGAUAAAAAGUUGCUAGAAGAGCUACUGAAUGUAUUCAAGAGUAGCAUGCAGUUGCAGCUCACCUGCUUUCAAGCUUCUUCUUCCACAAUGGUGAAGACAUAAGGCAACUCUGAAAUGUAAUCGCGUUAGGAAAAGGAAGCAGUAUCAAUCCUGAU